AGAGUGGUUUGGUCGUUCGUUGUGGGAGCGUUAUCUGUUUGCCCAGCGACUGUGGCUCUCCUUUGGGCCACCAGACGCGGCGCCGCGGUCCGUGAAGCGGCCUAAGACUUUGGCGUUUAGUGAAAAAUGGCCCGAAGCAAGCAGACUGCGCGUAAAUCUACCGGGGAGAAAGCCCCCCGCAAACAGCUGGCCACCAAGGCUGCCAGAAAGCGCGCUCCCUCUACCUGCGGGGUGAAGAAACCUCACCAUUACAGGCCCGGAACCGUGGCGUUUCGAGAGAUCCACCGUUAUCAGAAAUCCACCGAGCUUCUGAUCCGGAAGUUGCCUUUCCAGAGGCUGGCGAGGGAGAUCGCCCAGGAUUUCAAAACAGACUUGAGGUUUCAGAGUGCGGCCAUCGGUGCCCUGCAGGAGGCUAGUGAAGCGUACCUGGUUGGGUUAUUUGAAGACACUAAUCUGUGUGCCAUCCACGCCAAGAGAGUCACCAUCAUGCCCAAAGACAUCCGGAUACGGGAGGAGAGAGCUUAAGUAAAAGGCAGUUUUUCUGGUGUUUUGUAGUAAAUUCUGUAAAAUACUUUGGUUUAAUUUGUGACUUUUUUUGUAAGAAAUUGUUUAUAAUAUGUUGCAUUUGUACUUAAGUCAUUCCAUCUUUCACUCAGGAUGAAUGCGAAAAGUGUUCACAGACCUCAGUGAUGUGGGCACUAUUGCUCAGGAGUGACAAGCUGCUGAUCUGCAGAAGGGAUGGGUGAUACUUCUUGCUUCUCAUGAUGCAUGUGUUUCUGUAUGUUAAUGACUUGUUGGGUAGCUAUUAAGGUACUAGAAUUGAUAAAUGUGUACAGGGUCCUUUUGCAAUAAAACUGGUUAUGACUUGAAAAAAAAA